AUGGUUCGCUUCUCUAUCCACCAGAAGAACAGCAAACAAAUUGGUAAUUUGUGGAAAGUUGGGGUGGUCUCUCUUCUCUGGAGUCUCUGGUCUCACCGUAACAACGUCAUACACAAGGAUUUGGCGCCUUCGUGCCACUUGAUUAUCAAGCAGGUCCGGGUUUUUCUAUGUGAAGCUGCCAACAAUUUCGACCUUGGUCCUAUGGCGAACUCGGUUUCUGAUCUCCUCAUUCUUAAGAAGUUGUCCAUCGCUGGACAACCUAGGAAACCUAUCUCCUAUCUUUACAUUGCUUGGCACCUUCCUCUGCCGUCUUGGAUUAAAGUUAAUACUGAUGGUUCGGUUAGAGAAGGGAGAAUUUAUGCGGGGGGCGUCUUUAGGAAUUCCUUCAAUGACGUUCUUGGUUGUUAUCAUUUCUCGGGCGGCCAGGGGGUAGCGUUCGAGGUUGAGCUUUUAGCAAUUAUUAUUGCUAUUGAUUCUGCACAUCGCGCCAAUUGGGAGAGAGUUUGGUUUGAGUCGGACUCCUCUUACGUAGUACAGCUUCUUCAGUCGCUUUCUGAGACGGUUCCCUGGAGAUUCAAGCCUCGGUGGCAGCAUGCUCUCUCCAAACUCCACACUUUCACGUGGCGCAUUUCUCACAUCUUUCGUGAGGGCAACAGAUCGGCGGAUUUUUUGGCUUCUCAGGUUCGGGAGGAAGGUUUUUGGCCUCAUACCAUUGCUGGUUUAAAUGAAUUAAUCAAGGAGGACGUCUCUAUCCCUUAUUUUACUCGUUUUGCUUGA